AUGCAUGGACCGACCGAUGUCUUUCCACAAAAUGAAGGCCUUAAUCAGCCGACUAGCCAAGAAUCAGAAACAGUGGACAGUGGCACUCUUCGAUAUAGCAAAGGAGAAACAGUGGACAGUGGCACUCUCCGAUAUAGCCCCAAGGAGAAACAGUGGACAGUGGCACUCUCCGACACAGGAGAAAUAGUGGACAGUGGCACUCUCCGACAUACCCGGCUUUCCAGACCUCAAGGUUCAACGAACUCAAAGCUCGAACAACAGAGAAACAGUGGACAGUGGCACUCUCCGACAUAG